CUGCAUUCACCUCCAAUGCGCUCGUUGCCUCGCUAUAAAACAAAGUUCAAAUAAUUCUUUUUCUGAUUGAGCUUACUUUAAUCUUUAUAUCUCUCCUCCGACAUGUCUGGCAACCCCGCCGGGGAAGACCAGCCUAAGACGGCCCCGCCGAAGCGCAGCUUGUUCAACAAACCCUCCUGGGCAGCACCCCGCAACACUGGAGAAAAUGUCGAUUUUUUCCGCCGUGCAAAUUUCGCAUAUAAUGAUAUAGUGGCAGAGGAGGAGGAGGAGCUAAAACGGAAAAUUGCGCAACGCGCCAAGGAGCAGGCCGCACAGGAUAAAGCGAAUGUUGCGUCAAAGGACGGGAAGCGGCGGCGCAUCUCAAACCAAGACGAGGAUAAUGACGAGAACACUACGGCGGGCAACGAAGAACGAGCUAAACAUGACACAUCUGCCCCCUCAGAUAAAUCAAUAUCUCCAAUCACGCAAGACUCUAGACCACUGCCCGAAUCUUAUGAUUCUUCGAAAGAACCUUUACAUACAAGAAGCAGCAAUUCAGUACUGGGAGCAAGGGAAUCUCGACCAGAGCGUGCGUCACGGAACAUAAUCAGCCUCGAUGAGGACGACGAUGAGCCCAUUAGGCCUAUAAACCCCCCGAGUAUCGAGGACGACGAUGAUGACCUUGCUAUUGUGCGCCCACCUCCCCGUCAAAUAGAAGCAGAUCAGGAACAACUGUCAGACGAAGAAUUCCCGGAGCUUGCACGAAAAGCUCGAGAAAAAGAGCGAGCCAGGCUCGAGCAACUAGAGCGAAGAUCAGAGAGCCAGGCCACCCCCGAACCUAGAUCCCAGAGUAUAACACGCCCGGCUUCAACCCAGGUUGAAAGUGCUUCACCACCUGCCCCGGAUCCAGUGGUUCAGAUUCUAAUAACGUCUCCAAUUCCUCAUACCACUCCGCUCAUUGCGACUCGCAAGCUCUCUCAGCGGCUCAAGGACGUUCGUCUGGCGUGGUGUGAGCGCCAAGGCUUUGACCCAGACACGGCAACUUUGGUCUUCUUGACGUGGCGAGAGAAGCGAAUCUUUGAUGUUACGACGUGUAAAAGCCUAGGAUUUGGGCUGAAUAACGAAGGGAAUGUUGUUCUCAAAGGAGAAAACAAUGCAUUUGGCGGCGAAUUCGGGAGGAUACAUAUGGAGGCCGUGACAGAAGAGAUUUUUAAGGAGCAGAAGAAGAAUAAGGCAGCAGGAUACGGAGACCAAGCCAAUGCAGAGGAUGAGCUUGAAGAGCAGUUUGUUCCAGAGCAGCCCGCAAUCGAGACAAUCAAAAUUGUUCUCAAGAGCAAGGAAUUUGAUGAAUUGAAGCUCAAAGUCAAGCCGACAACGCAAAUGUCCCGUCUUAUAAAUGCUUUCAGGCACACCAACAAUAUUCCGCAAGAGACGGGUGUCCAUUUGGUAUUUGAUGGAGACCGGCUCGAGCCAGACAUGGAGGUUCAAGAGACGGAGAUCAGCGACAUGGAUUAUAUCGACGUGUUUUUGAAAUGAUGUCAACUUACCAUGCAUAAUGAAUAACGACUAAAAGAUUUUGCUUGAGAUUCAUGAUUUCUUGCGAUCCAGCGCCCCAUUACAUCUUUAGUUGAAUGCUAAUCAGUAUUAAAGCGCUAGCAUUCAAGAAUCAAAAUAAUCUAUAGUUUCAGUAUCCAAC